CGCAGGCUCCAAAUUAUUCAAUUCAGAAACGUUAUACCGAGGACUGGGUCCUUCAGCGUGGAUUUCAAACACACCGGCGUAGCGAUAGCAGCUGGUACUCAGAAAACUCGGACAGUUCAAGUUCCGAGGGAAACGCAAAAUUAGGGACGCAUCGACGUUACCCUUCAGACGCAAAGACUAUCACUCCAGCUGAUUUCCAGUCUGGAAGAUUCUUGUUAGCACCGAAAGCAGAGCUUUCUUCGGACGCAGAUACAGGAACCAGUGAAGGAGCUUGGAAAACAGCCCCACAGUCUUUUACCGAGAACAAAACAGGCACAUCUUCACCAAUGCCUAUGUUAGCAAGCAUAUGGGCGAGCACGCCUCCCCCAAUCAUGGAGAAUAGAUUUCCUAUAAGUAAUGGGGUAUCGGAUAUCCGAUUAGAACCGGAGCAUCCGAAUUCAGAUUUAUCGGUGUUUGGCGUGGUAGAAAACGGACCGAGCACCAACAUGAUUCGAACACCCUCACCUCUAUCAUCGACUGAGGCAACGGCGACACGUACUCCCGUACCGAAUGGUAUCUCGGCAAGCUUAUUAUCACACACACCCCUUCAGUUGAGCCGAUCGGGCACACCAAAUAUCAAGUCGAAGAAACGGAAGUCGAAGAACGUUGUCAAGGUCCCCUCAUAUUCACCAUGGGGACUACCAUUAGAAGAAGGGGGCAGGCCAAUGCCAUUGACUAACCUCGAGAUGGAAGAGCGAUCACGGAAAUGGGAGGCUCUGGGUUACACACCUGAAUUUCUCAGUGGUCAGGGGGCACAGAGCAGAGACAUCUUCCUAGAAGACACGAAAGAAAAGGUUAAGGAUGUGGUGGUUAAUAUUCGUGAUCCAAGUGAGUGGCAGGAAUAUUGUAACCAACUUCGAGAAGAGAAGCUCCGGGCUUUAGGUGUUAUAUUGGCCGACGAUAUACCAGCCGCUAUGCCUGCUACUACUACUGCAAGGGGCCAAACUCCACUGUCACACCAAAGCCCUGCUCCAUUCCAAGCUAAUCCUUACUCACCACCUCACCCUACACAAUCCGCAAUGUCCAACGGAAUGGGUCAUAAUGGCAGCCAGAACGUAAAUUAUCACGGACACCACUACUCACCCUCAAUGGCCCAGGCCCCUGUGCAUAUGUCGCCGAUUCCAGCGCAAGCAAACCAUCCCCUUCCUUACCACAUGCCACGGCAGUCAAUGUCCAUGAACCCAACUCCUAUUAAUCAUGACUGGGAUCUGUAUAACCCCAAUAUGUAUACCCCGCCACCACCACAAAACCAACCCACUCCCCCAAUGAUGACCGGGUCAGUUUGGAGUCCUGCUCCACCUGGUCCGUUUGCUAUGAGAAAUCCUUCUCCAAUGGGCGGAAUGGGUCACCACAGCCAUUCACCGAGCAUGUUUACACCCCAAUACAUCAUGGAGGAGAAUCAAGACUACAUGAACAUGAUUCCUAAUGAAUACGUAGAGAGCCAGAGGGCAGCAGCAUAUUAUGGCCAUAACCACCACCUCUCAUUGGUAGGUAUGGACCGAUUCCAACAGCAACAGAUGCGCCGAGGAUCUCCCCUGGCUCAUCAAUCUGGGCACCUUCUCGAGGAAGAUGAGCAGCGUAUGAUUGAUAUGAUGGCAAUUGAUGCACCAGUCCCUGGGCGUCGUCAUAAUCUCAGCAUAUCACUAGAAAAGGAUAUGGAGGGCAUGGAGAACUACCAAAAGGAGAUUGAGACACAUAUUGGUCAUCAUCUGUCAAAUGGAGAUGGUUUCAACACAAACCCAGUUUCCCCAGCUCCGGAAGCUAUGUACCCACAACAUCCUGAUAUGCCAUGCGUCGAGAAUGACGUUCACAACGGACCAGAGUUACUCUCAAACCCCGAAGACGAUGUUCCGGACGUUGAGACCGAGCGACAACACAACCGACAGGCUGCCCGGGAACGUACACAAAGUAUCGGAAUGAAUGGUCAGCAGUAUGAUAGCAAUUCUCUGCCCAUGUCCGGAAGCCAGUACAUUCCACAGAGCUACCAACCGCAUAGCCGAGACACCUCGCUUUCUCACAUACAAUAUGAUGCGAUUGACCCUAGAGAAAACUCUGCACUCUCAAUGCUCAUGGGUACCGGUAUCGGUACAGGUUCCCGCCGGGGUGGUAUGCUAGACGAGAUCCUUAGUGAGGGUGGUCGCACAAACCCCUCCGACAUCAAUACCAAUCCCAGCGAACCCUCAAGCCCUCGCCCGAAAUACACAUCUCAUAUGCGCGAUAUCUCCAACAAUAGCAACGCGUGGAUGUCAGAUACUUCCAAGGCUCCAGGAUCAACCACCUCGUCAAAGAAGUUCAACGCCCAGGCACCAGAGUUCAAAUUCAAGCCUGGGACAUCAUUCAAAUAUUCUCCACAAAGUAAACCAUUCAUCCCCUCAGGCUCAGUUAAUUCUUCGCCUAUUGGCAGUACCACCCAUUCUCGAAAGACCAGUCAGGAUCCCGUUGGGUUUGGAAGUUAUGGUAAAGGAAAACUCAAUGUUGGCGCUGCACCAUUCCGACCACGGCUGUUCUCCAACGGAUCUGCUUCUAGUGUAUUCGCAAAAGGCGCUCAAUUUAGUCCUGAUGCGCCUGUAUUCAAGCCAAAAUCAGCUGAAUCAAUAUCUACACCAGCAAGCAAAAGUUCACUACCACCGAUAUUUUCACCUACUAAGGAGAUUGAUGAGCCCGUUCUUGAGAAGCAAGCAUCUCGACCACCUAGUCGCACGUCGGUACACAAGGAGACACCGGCAGAUGUGAUUGAAGAUGAUGCAAGAGAAGGAAAUGUAUCAGGAGGUGGAGGAAAGAGGGCUAAACAUGGUCCAACCUCAAGCCUUGUCAAAGAUACAGAGGUGCCGGCAUUGGAGAGUCUGCGCCCCUCAGAGGAUGUAGAGACCUCAGAUGUCAACGCCGCCGAUAGCCAAAAUGCUACUCCCACCGAAGAGACAUUUGCCGAAAGCAGCGCGAGUAGCGAUGAGGUUGAAGACGUACCAAAGGAGUUGCCAAUUGAAGAAGAACCUUUUGUUAUGAUCGAGGAGGGAGAAAUAACAUCAUUCGCCAUGGCGGAUGCCAAUAUCUCCGCCGUUCCAUCCAAGGGCGAGGGCGAGACACCUCUCGAUGUUCUGGACCAAGAGCUGUCUGCUGUUGAAGAGGCUGAGGCCAUCGCAGCGGCCAUCCCCAUUGAUAAUAGGUCAGAGAGGGCUUCCACACCCCCACCUGCUGAAGUGCUUGAAGAACCCACCCCACAGGCAGCAGCGGCAGCCCCGGACUUCAAUUUCGACUUCGCACAAGCAGCAGAGCCUGUCACUCAUAUGGAGGCAAAGUUCGGCGGGAUGGGCGAGUCUCGAUACUCUCAUGCACCAUCGCCGCCCCCAGCGCACCCGGCUCCUUCGCCACCUGUUUCCGAUAUGCUCCCAUUGCCGUCAGAAAGGGUAUCCUAUGCUUCAAAUGCAGAUUCGUACAGGUCGAAUCCUUUCGUGGACCCAGUCAAGCCAAUGCCGACCGAUUCCGAGUUGGAUGAGGUUAUUCGGCAUUUGUCUGAGAACGAUCCCAUCUAUGGUAAUCAAGAGAACGGCAUGUCUGGAUCGGAAGUCGGCGAGCAAUCCAUGGAUGAAGAGCAAUCAGCCCCAGAAGAGACGCAAGAAGAACAACAAGUGGCCGACGAGGAUCUCAUUACCUGGAGGCGCGACACCCCGAAGAGGCCAGCUAUCCCGGUAUUCCACGAUCUGACACCGACAUCGCACCCAUUCGAGCAAGCAGAGCGCAGUGCUGGACCCAGUCCAAGCCCGACCCGCGGCACAUUCCAGCAUACAGCUGCAACGUUCUCAACAGACGAUGAUGCAACAUAUGCGCAAGCCCAAACUACUGGAGAAGUUGCAUAUCAGCCUCCUGCACAGGAGGAUAUUGGUCAUGCUCAGCCAGAAAGCGACUGGGAUGAUUUGAUCCCCCAGGAUGACUCCAAACUCCGACCGCAGAGCCGAUUGUUUUUCGAUGCUCACGUUGAAGAGUUUGUUGGUGAUCUCCUACAUUCUCGCCUGGAUCCACUCCACAAGUCUCUCUCAGCUAUCCACGAUGUCUUGAAGAAGAAUCAAUCGUUGACUCUUACACGGAGAGGAAGCGUUGCUACUUCAGCUCCACACAGCGAUGCUGACGAUGAGGAAGAUGACACCCAGCCACCAAGAUCACCCAGGAAGGAUAAAAAGUCAGAGAAGAUCAAGUCUGCUGUUGUCGAAGCGCUCGUUAUGCACAACUGGAGCGCUCCAACCGAAGACAAGCUGGCGGAGAUCUACAGCGCCAUCGCAAAGGUUUCUCGUGCUUUCCAGGACAGCCAUUUGAACGAUGACUUAGCGGAAACGAAGUCGGCUAUCCUUCAGGCACUUACGAAGACUGCACACACGGAUGAAAUUGAUCUCACCAAGCUAGAGAUUCUCGCCGCCAUCAAGCGCACGGCCAAGUCAAACGACAUGGAAGAUUUGAAAACAUCCUUCGCCCGCUCCGUUUCCAAGAUUGCGCAAGUCGAGGACAUCGCAUCGAUACGUGAGGCCAUGGAAGAGGUCGCGCAGAUUAGUGACAUUGUCGGAAUGAAAUUGGAGCUCCGCGACUCAUUGAUCAGCACGGCACAAAAGAGCGACAUAGAGGAUCUUAAGAGCAUCUUGUCUAAAGUCCCGGAAAAAGGUGAUCUCGAGUGCCUGCAGGAUAUCACUGUUUCAGGUUUCGCAAAGGCGGUCAAGGCAAACGACAUUGUCGAGCUCAAGAACAGCUUGUCGGAGGUUAUCAGGACUAUCCAUACUACUGAUGUUAGGGGCGAUGUUCAGCAAGUGUAUGAGCUGACACGGGAUAACGCAAUGGAUACCAACUUGUACCAGCAAGCACAAGAAAAUUUCAUCAGAGAAAGCCAUAACAACGUCAGCAAGUCACUGGACACUAUCCAAACUUCUGUUCAUGAUGUUCAAAAGUUGGUUCAGCAGCGUGGCCAAAAGGAGGAUAUGCGCAGAAGUCUGCAAGAGGAUGAUCAGAAGCAGAAUUUCACAGAUAUCAAGACCUACAUCGGUGAGGUUAACAACAAUCUUGUUGAUGUAGUUGCCCGCGUGCAGAAAGUGGACGACAUCAGACUGGUUGUAGGCAAUAUUUCAGACUCGCAACCCAGACUAGCAGAUAUCAAGGACGUUUUUGAGGAGGUUGUGAGAGGGCAACCAACUUUGGGACAGGUGAAAUCAGUGGUAGAGGACGUUGUCAACAGGCAGCCGACAAUCGAGGAGUUGAAGUCUAUUGUCGAGGGAGCUACCAGCAAGCAACCAACAAUCGAGGAGCUGAAGUCCGUUGUUGAAGAGGUUGCUAAAACGCAGCCAACAAUCGAAGACCUACGAUCUGUGGUUGAGGAGGUUGCCAAUAAACAAACAGUCGAAGAAUUGAGAGUUGCUGUCGAGGAGGCUUUCAACAGGCAGCCAACGAUUGACGACUUAAGGCUAGUUGUUGAAGAGGCUUCCAACAAUCAACCAACCUUGUACGAUGUCAAGAACGCCAUGGAGGAGGUUACCGAUUGCUUGCCCAAGAUGGAUGCUCUCCGUUCUAUGAUGGAAGAGUUGCUUUCCAAGCACCGGACUGUCACGGUUACCAAGGCCACCGAGCACGCCAAUACCGAAGCGCUUCUACUUAAAGUGGCAGGCCUUGAGAAGAUGCUGGACGAGGCCGGGAGUCGUGCGGAGGCAGAGUCACAGGCAAGAAGGGAGGCCCAUGAGAGGACCUUGGAGUUGGAGAGUAGAUUGAGGAUUGCUGAAGAGGAGGCGGCAAGGUACCGGGACAAGGCGGAGGAAUCAGACCGCAGAUUAAAGGCCAACGACGACAAACGAUACCAGGCUUUGACACAGUCACAAAUGCGCGUCGCACUUCUUGAGGGCGCCCAUUCGGCUCUGCAGAAGAGUGUUGGGGAGCUUUCAGCACGGAAUGCAAAUCUGGAAGGCAGCAUUAGGGAAGCACAAUCGGCCAGCGAGCGGAACAAGGAGGAAGCGAACAGAAUGGAGGAUGAGAAUAGAGAGCUCAGAAGGGUUAUUGAGUCUCUGAAAGCAGAAAUGGAGGAAAGGGGACAUGCAGACCGCGGCAUACAACAUCGGCCAGGAACAAGGAAAGCAAGAGUAGCGGCCGAAGUUACGGUGAAGGAAGGAUUGGAGAGCGAGGUCAGGCGAUUGGAGGUCGAGCAAAAGGAGGCAAUUAAGCUGAAGGUGGAGUAUGAGCAGCUAAAGAGGUCGAAUGGGAAGUUAGAGGAGAUGCUUGAUAAGUUCAGGGAAGAGGCGGUAGAACACUCACAGCGCGCUGCAUCUCUUGCCCACGAAAAGACAAAGGCCGCGCUUUCCCAAGAGUCUACUGAAUCCAAGUCUCUCGUGGUACAGGAACAGCACCAAAAGUACGAGAAGCAACUUUUGGAACUCCGCCAACGCUUUGAGGAUACUCGGUCCCAAAAUGAUAGGGCCCUUAGAAUCGCGACCGAGGAUGGUGAGCGCGAAGCGAUCUACCUGAACCAACGUCUUGACAUCUCUCAAUCUGAAGUGCAACACCUUCGUGAGAAAUCCAAAGACCUUCGAGAACAAACAAAGGAUCUUCGCGAGCACAUUUCCCUCCUCAAAGAUCAACUCAAGAUUGCCACAUCUGCGGCCCAGGCUGCUGCUCAGGCUGCUGCAACUUCGAGGGCACCCCAGGCCGUCUCAGAAGAAAGGGCUUUACGAGAAUCGGUGAACGUGCUUCAGGAGCAGCUCCAGCAACGUGAGGCGCGAAUUGAAGAACUCGAGCAACAGCUUUCCAAAUUCGACAAGGCGGAUAUCAAGCGCAAAGACGAGCAAAUCACGUGGCUUCGAGAGCUACUUGAUGUCAGGGUUGACGAGUUGGAGGAGAUUGUUCAUGCUUUGAGCAUGCCCCACUUUGACCGUGAGAGUGUCCGGGAUACGGCACUUCGUCUUCGGGCAAACCUCCAGAUGGAGCAGCGGGAAAAGGAGAUGUCAAUUACUCCUAGUCGCGGGGCCAUUGCCCCAGUUACAAGUCUCGCAUCAAGACUUCCGGGCGUUGCAAGUUCUGCCGCUAGUUCUGCCGCCGGUUGGUGGAAUUCGAAGAAUAAGGGUCCAUCAUCAGUUGCCCACAGUUCACCCUCACGACCCGGCUCUGCUGCCGGUUUCUUGAAUGGCAUUCUCGCACCUGCACCUCCGACCACACUUGCCAAUGCCCAACGGAUGGGAUCCAGGCUUGCACGGGGUAUUUCUUCAGAAACAGGUUCAAAUUCGUCGCAUACCACUAUCACUUCGCGGUAUAGAGAAAAACAAACGGCGGUACCCUCCUACAGAGCAGAGAGAGGGGGAUCCAGGAGAAUGCAACACCAUCUUUUCCAGAAGGGGUUGUAUGAUGCGGAUGCGGAUGCGGAUGCCAACGAUAGUGUGAUGAGCGGAGAGUUUUAUGAGGAUGAGGAUAACGGGACAGAAACGGGGGCCGAUGAUGGCGAUAUGCCGUACCGACCGGGUUCAUACAGGCACUGA